AUGGAUAUUGUGAAGAAGGUUAAGAUUGAUCUUCCAGUUUCGUUGGCGCCAAUGACCAGGAGCAACGCGUGCGGUCAUCAAUGGAAAGUGUUCCUCACUGUCGACGACAUUGCGCACUCUUUCAUGGAGUACCAGGUGUUUGAUGUACGUUACAACCUCGCAGAUGGGAAUUACGGUAAGAAUGCGUAUGUCAAGGGCCAUGUACCAUCUGCUAUCUUUGUGGAUGUUGAUGAAGAGCUGAGUGGCCCCCUCACGAACACCACCGCGCGACACCCGCUGCCGGAUGCGGCAAAGUUUGUGGAGUGGUGCAAGUCAAGAGGCAUUGGCUCGGGAAAGCCAGUCCUCUGUUACGACGAUAUCUCCGGUGCUAUGGGUGCUUGCCGCAUGUGGUGGAUGUUGCACGCCCUUGGUGUUGAGGCAUAUGUGCUGAACGGCGGAUUUCAAGCGUACUGUGCAGCGGGGCUGCCGUUGGAGACAGGGCUUCCGGACUCAAGGACCCAGCCACUGGAAACAUGGCCGUAUGGGGUGGACUUCAGGCGCGCCCUCACGAUAGACGAGGUUCCACCCAAUGCGGUCAUGGUGGACACACGCUCUAAAAAUCGCUUCUUAUCGACGGUACGUCCGUACGGUGCUGAUACUUUGCCGGGACACAUCGAUAACGCCAUCUCAUUUCCAUGGGACAGCAUUCUGCUUCUUACAGAUCAGCUUAAGUGUCUCAAAUCCGAAGAAGAGUGCCGCAGCAAUGUCCUCGAGGCACUUCAGAGCGUGUGGGAUGCUGGCCACUCGAAUGCUUCCAAUUGUGUCUUCUACUGCGGUAGUGGUGUCACUGCGACUCUAAACAUUGCUCUUUUGUGCCAUCUUGGCCUUGGCGAUCCGUUCCUUUAUUGCGGCUCGUGGUCGGAGUAUGCAGGACAGUUUUCUUUCAGCAUCGCACGCCGCAUUGUUGGGGAACACGGCAUGCUAUUUAAGAUGAUGUCGCCAUGUCUUGGAGACAACCCAAAGGCACCGGCGAGCGAUGCCGCCACCGUCAUAGUCGACGGGAAAAUUGUACCGCAGCCGGACGCGGAACUCAGCUCGGCAAUUGCGCACAUGCAUCUGGGAGAGCGGGCGCAGGUCUUUUUUAAGAGCCGGAGAGUUGUCGUCAUUGAGGUGUUACCCAAGUAA